GGCAGGAUCCCUGUCCAGAUUUUGUGAGUCAUUAGAUUGAGUCAGUAGGUUGUGGUGAGGUUUGGAACCGUCAAUCCGGUUAUGCACUUGUCACCAUGGUUGAGACCCUUAGUGGGAAGAGUACCAGCCCCUACACUCAGGAACAGCAAGAGAAGAUGGCUGCCUUAGUGAGAGAGAACAAGGAGAGGAAAGAGUUUCUGAAGCAAACGAAAUUAAAAGCAAUCGCAGAGGAGCAGGCGACGAAGAUGAAGAAGUUGGAAGAAGAGAUGGAGGAGAAGAAAAAGGUUGUCGAAGAGGAAGCAGCAGCAGAAGCAGAGGAGGAGAGAAAACGCAGAGAAGAAAAAUGGGAGAGUAGUAGCACGAAAAAUGAGGAUGCAGCAAUGGAGAAGAAAAUCAGUGAGUGGAUUGCUAAUUUAUCGUUGGGGGAAGAUGAGGAGGCACAGUUCUAUGUGCCACAGGAUGAGAGGGGUGCGUUAGCUAGUACGCUAGCAACAAUCGAGGACCCUCAGGAACGGCAAGAAGGAGAGGAGGAGAAGAAGUUGGAGUGGAAACUGAGGAUGAAGAGAGAAAAGAAGAGAAGGAGGGACGAAGUUAAUAGGUUGACCGCGGAGGUGGCAAAGGUGAGAGACUGUAAACGAGAGGUGCAAGCGCAGGAAGAUAUUUCUGCCAAAAUGGAUAAGAUGUUGGGGUAUUUGGAAGUGUUGAGUGAGGCGUGGAUGGAGGAGCGCCAAGCCAAUUGGGGUCACGAUGUGACCCUGAGUGCCAUGCGGUCAGGAUUUCGAGACUUUGCGCACGAUAUGGUCACCCACGUUGGAGGAGAAGUUAGGCGGGUGAGAGACAACAUGGGGAAGUUUUGUGAGGCCCCAUCGAGGGUGCCAAAGCAAUAGCCGCUAUAGAGAGUGAGGCCAGGCCCUGUAAAGAGCCCUUAAGUUCCCAGACGCAUACUGCGGGAAAAAGGAGGAGAAUUUUGAUAACUGGGAGGCGAGCGUCAAUAGUUACGUGUAUUUACAACACAUCCUGACUGAGGAGCAAGUCCUCGUCGCCUUCUAGACCCUCAAAGAUGAAGCGGCCAGUUUUGCCAGAUCCCUUGCGACUGCAGCCGAUUGUGAAAACAACGUGGUUGCAUAUUCCAAGA